GUCAUAUUGUUUAUAUUUUUUAUUUUGCACUGAAAAUAUAAUAAAAAUUUAGCCAUUAAAUCUAUUUGAAGUUAUUCAGAAUUAGACUCUGUUGACGCCAAGAUGAAGGACCGACUAGCACAGCUGAAAGAGAAAACAGAUCAAACACCUGAAGAUGUGGAGAUCCAAAUGGAAAAUAAAGAAUUUAUGGAUGAGUUCUUUUCUCAGAUUGAAGAGAUCCGCAUUGGUAUUGAUAAGAUCGAUGAGAAUGUGGCUGAGAUAAAGCGCCUGUAUUCUGUUAUUCUCUCUGCACCAACCUCAGACCAAAAGACACAAGAUGACCUGGAAGCCAUCACAAAUGAAAUCAAGAAAUUAGCCAACAAUGUUCGAAAUAAACUUAAACGCAUCGAGCAGAGUUUAGAGUCAAAUGCAGAGGAAAGAGUUUCAGCUGAUUUGCGGAUAAAGAAAUCUCAGCACGCUGUCCUAGCAAGAAAGUUUGUGGAGGUUAUGACCAGGUACAAUGAAGCACAAGUAGAGUUCAGAGAGAAGAGCAAAGGAAGGAUCCAGAGACAGCUAGAGAUCACGGGUAAAACCACCACUGAUGAGGAGCUGGAGGAGAUGCUAGAUGGUGGCAAUGCUGCCGUCUUCACAGCAGGGAUUAUGGACUCAGCCAUCUCCAAGCAAGCUUUGAGUGAAAUUGAAGCAAGACACAAAGAUAUCAUGCGACUGGAGAGUAGCAUUAAAGAGCUGCAUGACAUGUUUGUGGACAUUGCCAUGCUAGUGGAGAAUCAGGGAAGCAUAAUCGAUAGGAUUGAAAGCAACAUGGACCAAUCAGUGGGCUUUGUGGAACGAGCAGUGGCCGACACUAAAAAAGCAGCCAAGUUCCAGCAGGAAGCCCGGAGGAAACAGAUGAUGAUCACAUUGUGUUGCAUCAUUCUUGCUGUCAUCGUUUUCUCCCUCGUGUACAGCUGGUUAAAGUGAUGAGGAGAUUUAGCCUGAGACCCAACUCAGAGUGGAGUCUAAGACAUUACGCAAGUGAAGAUGCUGCAGAUCUUUGCCUUUCCUCUGUUUAAUAUCUCCAUUGUUUGUCCUUGUUUUUUUUUUAUCCUAAAUUUUCAGCUUACUCUACUUGCUGUUUAUAGGCUUACAUAGCAGU